AUGGGUCAAUCUCAAUCAUGUUUAGGUCGUUGUCAUAUUUACUACGAGGGUGACAUUGGAGCUUGCGAUCAUCCCGUGGAGACUUGGGAGAUUGAUGGACCAUGUGGUGAGUCGGCUGAUCGGCCGUGCCUGUCUACCUUUAAUGCAGGCUGGGAUGUGAAUAAAGAGAACUGUGGUAACUGCUAUAAGGUAGACAUGAAGUAUGAUGGCGGACAGGUGAAGACCACUUACUUGAGGACGCUUGACACCAAUGGUUCCGAAACCAAGUUCGAGAUGGGACAGGCCGCGUGGCUUAACUUGUGUCCGUACGUCUGUGCCGGGACUGGCGUCUGCGCCCCUGAACCCGAGAAGUGUGAGUACGGAAUCAUCGAAGGCGAUAAGAACAUCAGCUGUACUGUGCAGAACGCUCCCAUCACCUUCGAACGCGUAGCCUGCGGCGGUAAGGGAAAUGAUACCACCGUACCCGCCACUACGACCAAUAGCGAACCCGCCACUACAACCAAGACCGAGCCUAAGACGACCAGAACCAAGACCGAGCCUAAGACGACCAGAACCAAGGCUGAGCCUAAGACGACCAGAACCAAGGCUGAGCCUAAGACGACCAGAACCAAGACCGAGCCUGAGACGACCAGAACCAAGACAGAGCCUAAGAUUACUACCACCAAGGGUAUGAGAACUACUACCACAAAGAAAGGGAAUGACUCCGAGGAAAUGGUUAAGAAGUGUGAGGCUAAGAUUAAGGCGGAGCCCCAAUGGGUCGAUGCAUGUCGUGAAUUCUGCACCAGUUAUGCUCCUGGUAAUCCCUUGAGUAUGUGGUGUUCAGACCUGAAGUUGAAGACAGGCGAGGAUCUGAUAAAGUGCAUCAACGGUCAGCAGCCGUUCUGCAGUUAA